CUCUGGCGGAAAGAUGGCGACCGCCAGCGCUGUCGUGUGAGCGGUGGAAGUUCGCCCCAUCAGGAGCGAGUUGGAGCGGGAAGCAUCGAGUUUUAUUACCACUGCCUCCAAAUGUUCCAUUAUUUGACAACAUGAUUUGCCCUGUGGCUCUCUCGGAGCCCAGUAUUCCUGGGACAUUCUCUGUUUGAAGAAAUUAGGAUGGAACAUGACAACCCAACCAUCAAACCUCGUCGGAUCCAGAACCAGAAUGUAAUCUAUCGUUUAGAACGUCGAAGGAUCACCUCUGGCAAAAUUGGGACACAUUGGCACCAAGUCCGCAUUUUUCAUCAAAACAUUUUCCCCAAUUUUACUGUGGUCAACGUUGAGAAGCCACCCUGCUUUUUACGAAAAUUUUCCCCUGAUGGGAGAUACUUCAUUGCUUUCUCCUCAGAUCAGACUUCUUUGGAGAUUUAUGAAUAUCAGGGAUGUCAGGCAGCAGAAGAUCUACUCCAAGGUUAUGACGGAGAGAUCUUGGCUAAUGGCAAUGACCAGAGGUCCAUCAACAUCCGCGGGCGUCUCUUUGAACGGUUUUUCGUCCUUCUUCAUAUUACCAAUGUGGCCUCCAAUGGUGAGCACUUGAACCGCGAAUGUAGCUUGUUUACAGACGAUUGUCGAUACGUCAUUGUUGGUUCUGCUGCCUAUUUGCCUGAGGAGCCCCAUCCGCCCUUUUUUGAGGUUUACCGCAACAGUGAAUCGGUGACUCCUAAUCCCAGGUCUCCCUUGGAAGAUUAUUCUUUGCACAUUAUAGACCUACACACGGGUAGGUUGUGUGACACCCGGACAUUCAAAUGUGACAAAGUCAUCUUAUCCCACAACCAAGGACUCUAUCUGUAUAAGAAUAUCUUGGCUAUUCUCUCCGUGCAGCAGCAAACUAUUCAUGUCUUCCAGGUCACUGCUGAAGGUACCUUCAUUGACGUACGAACUAUAGGGCGCUUUUGUUACGAGGAUGAUCUUCUCAUGCUCUCGGCCGUUUAUCCAGAGGUCCAGCGGGAUUCACAGACAGGAAUGGCCAACCCGUACAAAGAGCCAUUCAUCAAUUCUCUGAAACACAGGCUACUAGUCUAUUUGUGGCGAAGGGCAGAACAGGAUGGGAGCGCUAUGGCUAAAAGGAGGUUCUUUCAGUAUUUUGACCAGCUGAGGCAGCUUCGCAUGUGGAAGAUGCAACUGUUGGAUGAGAGUCACCUCUUCAUCAAAUACACAAGCGAGGAUGUAGUCACUUUACGAGUGACGGAUCCUUCACAGCCUUCAUUUUUCGUAGUGUACAAUAUGGUGACUACCGAGGUGAUUGCUGUCUUUGAAAACACAUCGGACGAGCUGCUGGAACUCUUUGAGAACUUCUGCGACCUCUUCCGCAACGCCACCCUCCACAGCGAGGCCGUUCAGUUCCCUUGCUCGGCCUCAAGCAACAAUUUUGCCAGGCAGAUCCAGCGCCGAUUUUAUGCCCGAGAUUCUGGUCUCCUGAAGUUUGAAAUCCAAGCAGGACUUCUAGGUCGACCCAUCAAUCAUACUGUCCGGCGCCUGGUGGCAUUUACCUUCCACCCUUUUGAGCCCUUUGCUAUCUCCGUGCAGCGGACUAACGCGGAAUACGUCGUAAACUUCCAUAUGAGGCACAGCUGCACAUAGUGUUUUGCUCUACUGUGGACACUGAAUAGAGACAUUUUUUUUUUUUUUUUCACGGAUAUCCCGGAGCCAAAGUCAGGCUGAAAGAAACCAAAACACUAAGCUUGUUUGGAGUGAUGCUGUUUCAGUCCUGCGGUGUUUGAAUCUCACAGGAAUGAUGGUGUUGAUGGAUCCAUAACUAUCUCGAAUUCCCCCCCCCCCCAAGGUGCUAGCCAUUCUUCUGUCAUUCAGCACAAGCCAAACAGAUUAUUUUGUAAAGAUCUCUGCUCUGAUACUUGACUUAUUACUACACCUACUAGUACUACUUCUAUUUAGUGGGAGGGGUGGUUCGGUGGGGUGUGAUGACCGGCGUG